UCUCUUCCUUUUUCUCGUAGAGAACUCAGAUGCUUUAUCAAACAGAAAAAUAAAAGAAGAGGACGAGAAGAGAAGCGUGAAUCCUCUUAUCAUCCAGAUAAGCACAAAGCACUUUGGUGAAUGCACUAGUGUUUUCACGGCGGAAGGAAUUGCUGAUCAUGAGAUAAGUCACGAGAUCGGCCGAGAAGAGCCGACUCCUGGUGGGAAUGGCGAGAGAGAAAAGUAAGGACCCAUCCAAGUGAAUUGAAGUGAAUGGAAGUGAACGAGGAGAAGGAAAACAAGGAAGAUAUUCAUGAUAAAGACAAAGAAACGAGAAGGGCGGUGCGAGGUGAGAAGAUGAUACCGAUGGGGACAAGCAAAGAUGGCGAAAAGCUGACGUUUAAUUUAAUCGGCGUCUCUUCUUUAAUGCGUACCUACGCCUGGCAAUAGCAAGGAACCGUAUACGUUAUAGUUAGGCAGAUAGAUAGUUAGGUAGAAAGGAUAGACGCUCGAAGGGGUCGUGGGGCAAAGGGCAGAUUGGAUAAGAACGGGGAUGAGAAUGUAUUUGGGAUGGGAGGGUUUAAGGGCGCAGGCGUCGCGACGCCCCGUAGGGAAGCAACGCGCUGCCGUCGCGACGCUCACUGACGCCCAGUCCCCAGUCACUCAGUCCCGAUUUCAUCUCCGAUCAGUGUAGGUACCUUUAUCAUCCCGUGUAACACGAGCCGCGACACUUUUGGAAAUGCGUGCCCUGCGCAACCAAUUCACACGCGUUAAAACCACUCGGCCAGACUUCCAGCGAUUCUAAAAGAAUCCUCUCCCUCCAUCAUCCGACUACAGGAAAACUUCUAACGCCACCGACUCAUGGAAUUUUCGUGUUAUUGAAAUCCGGACGACUGAUUUUCUGGACUGAAGUUAUUGUAACUGCUGGCUUCCAAUCACCGAUGAAUAUCCAAUACGCCUGUUGGAUGGGCGGCGGCACGUCCUCAUUGUUUUCAACGUCUUCUUCGUCGUCUCAAGUGUAUUCGAAGAUAUUCAUUGGCUGGAUUACAUCGAUACUUUAACCAAGCGUGUAUAUUUGAGGGAGGAAAGUUAACGGCUUAACAAGUACUGAGAAGAGGAAAGGAAGAAGAUUAAUGGAGAUUGAGAUCGACGAGGGUAAAUGGUUAAUGAAAAAUCUGAGAAAAGUCCUACCAACGAGGAGAAUAACUGUGGGUUAUUGCCAAUUGAAGAAUAAAUAGAGAAAGAGCAUUGAGUGGAUAAUGUCUUUAUAGCGUAUGGGCUAUUUGCGGUAAAUAAGCUUUGAAAGUUCGAGAGGCGAUGGAUAAGCAGCUGUAAGAAGCAGGCUACAGAAUCAAGAAGAGACAGCCAGAAAGAUAAUCGGAUUUUGAACCAGGGUAGUAAUUUUGCAAAAAAAAAAAAAAUGCUGAUGAACUUCAGACGGAUGAGCAGGGAAUAAGGAUAUAAUCGAGAGUUCCUCCGAAGCUUCAGAGUCUAUCGAAAGUUCACAAUGGACCUAUCAGUAACGAUGAACUCAUCCUUGAUCGACGGGGCUCAGAACAUCAGUCAAAAUGACUCGAUGAUUCCGAGCUGCGGGCAGGACUUGCCGACGGUCUCAUUAAUCACCCAGGUUCUAUACUCCCUGGUGUGCAUCGUGGGAUUACUAGGUAAUACUCUUGUGAUCUAUGUGGUACUGCGCUUUUCAAAAAUGCAAACCGUCACCAAUAUGUAUAUCGUGAAUCUGGCCAUAGCCGACGAGUGCUUCCUCAUUGGGAUUCCAUUUCUGGUGACUACCAUUAGCUUGCGUUCCUGGACGUUCGGUAAGAUAAUGUGCAAAGCCUAUAUGACUACUACGAGCGUGAAUCAAUUCACCAGCAGUAUAUUCCUCUUCAUAAUGAGUGCCGAUCGUUACGUGGCAGUGUGUCAUCCUAUAAGUUCACCAAAGAUGAGGACGCCGUUCAUCUCGAGGGUGGUGAGUCUGAUCGCGUGGGCCGCCAGCGCGGUCUUCAUGACACCGGUGUUUCUCUAUGCAAACGCAAUGGAGAAGCCUGAUGGUUCUGUGAGCUGUAAUAUAUACUGGCCCGACGAUCAUGGCGGCCAGACAACAUUCACUCUCUACACAUUCGUCCUGGGCUUCGCGAUUCCCCUCGUGCUGAUCUUCAUCUUCUACUUCCUGGUGAUACGCAAACUGAAGACCGUGGGACCAAAGAACAAGUCUAAGGAGAAGAAGCGAUCUCAUCGCAAGGUGACCAGACUCGUCCUGACCGUGAUCGCCGUUUAUGUAUUCUGCUGGCUGCCAUACUGGCUGACCCAGGUGGCACUGAUCUACACGCCGCCUAAGGAAUGUCAAACUGGGGUCAGCAUCACCAGCUUCCUUCUAGCUGGAUUCCUUAGCUAUUCGAAUAGCGCCAUGAAUCCUAUACUGUACGCCUUCCUCAGCGACAACUUCAAGAAGAGCUUCCUCAAGGCGUGCACCUGUGCAGCUGGUAAGGAUAUCAACGCUACACUUCACAUCGAGAACAGUGUCUUCCCCAGGAGGAACAAGGCUGCCGCUGAAAAGAGUCAACCUGGUAAGAUGCCCAGUGGACACUCCAGGGCUGAUCUCGAGGAUGAGGAUGGGGAACGUGGAUUUCUGAUUAGCAAGACUUCGACUACGGCUGUAACUAUGACCUCCAGGUCUAACAUCACCGUCUCGAGUGACUCUAGGGACCAGAAUAAGGAUCCUCUGAGAAACGGGACCCAGCUCACGCUUCUUACCCAGGUCUGAAUCCUUGCUCCGUACAAGGAUAAGGACAGGCACCAAGAAUCGUGAGCGUCAGGAUUUUUUCUUUCUUUCUUUUUUUUUCAAAUUACAUUAGCGUGUAUAUACUUUUGUAUUAUAUUAAUGGCGAAAGAAAAAAAUACCCAGCUGGCUGGUCAGGAACGUCUUUGACAUUACUUUGAAGUAAUCUUUAUUGGAUAGUCGCACCUUAUGGGUACUUAUUUUCAUUGUGCUGUUAAAUCCACGUUGCCUCUACGUAGACCAUUUUUCUAAAUUGAGUCAUGAAAUUUUGUAUCUCCAUUUUGAAUGCACUAACUUUUAAAAUAAGCCAUGUAAAAUCGUAUUGCAUUGUGCCUUAUGUUCGCAAUGGCAUAGUACUUGUUGGCAAGUAAUAUUGUGACGAAAUUCGUUAUUCUUACAAGUAAAGUAAAUUCUUCCAUGUUCACAAUGGCACAAUGAAUACCGAUCAAGGUCGAUUUGUCGAUAAUACAAGCCAAUAGAAUGCUUCCUUAAUUGUUCACUCUAAUAAGAGGACAUUUCGAAAGGGACGUACCGUAAUGCGACGUAAGGUUUAACUAAGAUAAGAUAAAUUAAGGUAUGCUAAGAUCAAUUGAAAAUAAUGUCAAAGACGUUCCCAUUAAUAAGUACUCACAAGUACUUUGCGUAACUCACUCUUUGCUGUAUUCGAUUGAUAUUAGGUCGGGCAGCCACGUACGUAACGGGAGGAAUUGUUUAUGUGUCUCUCUCUUACAGUACUGUUGAUGUACUUGUAUGUCUGAUGUCCGUACUUGUUAUUGUCGUCAGUAUAACAAUGUACUACUAGGAAGUACCUUACCCAAUACUAAAUACUUGGCCCAAGACGGACCAUCGCACUAAUCAUAUCCAUCACAGGCUGCGACUAGGCCACACGAAGGAGAAAUCCGACAAAGAGGAAAUACGAAAUCGAGGCGGCAAAAUAUGAAGACUAAAGAUAUAUAUAUAUAUAUAUGUGUAUAUAUACAGCAAGAACAAAAUUGCAACGAACGGUAACAAUGUAGUAGAUGCAGUUUACCCUAAUGAGUCCAAGUGGAUUCGCUUAGAACGAUUAGUGCUCGAUUACUGAGUUAAAGCAAUACACAGAAGCCUUUGUAUCUUUUUUUAUUUAUUUGCUCUCACAAGCUUUAAGUAAUUGUAAACUUCUUCUUCUCCUUUAUCCCUAUUGGCUCUGCGCUCUCGUCAGGGUGCUAAGUGCCAGUAUUUAUUUUUCGCUGAAUCCAAUACUUUUAUAAUAUUCGAGUAAAAAUAUUUUUUUAAUCUGGUGCCAAUCGUUCUAUACGACCUCAUUGUUAUCUUAGGAAAGUCACGAUUUUUAUCGUGUUACCUCGUAUUUCGUUAUAGGCGCCUGAAAGUAGGUAGAGGUAAGGAAUACGAGAGGUUGUCUAUACCUAACCUAUGCGCAGGUAAGAGACUCUUGAGAAUUUGAGAAAUGACAAAGGGAGAAAAAGAGAAAGAGAGAGAUUAACAAAGAAAGGAGAAAUUCAGGCCAUGCCGAUUCUCAUACCUUGAAAACGUAAAGAUGGAGAAUGUUCCGAGUGCCGUAGUUUGUAUGGUUUUCCGCGUUCUUUACGUGACUGGCCGGAGACGCGCGGAAUUUAAAUCGUUUGCAUUAAAGCGCGCGUUACGUCACACGCAAUAGUAGGCUGCCGUUGUACAAGACAAUUCCCACGUGAAAUCAAUUUGCCGUUUUUUCGUCGUGUCGCGAUUCGAUCGUCUUUACUUGCCUGAAGUAAGUUGAAGAUGGAAUCGGGGAGAAGAACCGUUUUCUAAGUCGAUAUCGUGACGAUUUCGAUAAAUUCAAUUUCCAUCGCGUCACCGUUCGACAUUGUAUUAGCAGAUAAUGACAGUUCUCGCGUUUCUUAUUGAUUGAGAAUGCGGCUUGAAUAUAGGGGAGACCAUUUUUCUUUCUCUUCCACCCUACCAAAUUUUCGUCACAUUAUUCAAAUUUAUACGACAGGGAGAUUCGCGUCGAUUAUAUGUCCCGCAUACCUGAUACAUUCACAUGUCUACUUCGGGUUGGACCAUUUUUUUUUAUUUGUUCCUUUUUUACAGCAAACUCGAUUCGUAGUGACAAUCCGUUUGGCCUGAAGGAAUCCUCAUGUAACUACGGACGUCGGGGGAUAUCGCAACUACAUUUUUUACGGUAACUAGGAAUCAAUUGGAAUAUUGGGAUAGGGAAAAAGUAACUAGACCCUUUUUUUUGUCUUCUUUGACACUUUUACUACUGGAAUACCACUGUGUUCAAGUAUUCAUUUUCUUUCUUUCUUCUUUGCCUUCCAAUUUUUUUCCCUCUACACACGUCCAUCAUCAAUUUGAAAAAUUGAUGAUUCCAUAUCCCCGUGGGAAUGAAUUCGUGGGGGGUAUAUCUAGUGAACAAAAUAAAAUAAAAACAUUGAAAGCAGGUAAAAGGUAGAAAAAAAGUCAAGAUGAAGCACUGUAAUGGCGCUUCAAGUGAAAUUGUCGCGAGGUCUAGAUGGAAGUAAAAAUGUUAAUUAACCGCUGUGACUUUGUAGCGAGAUGUAAGUUAAAAAAUUAAAAAAAAAAAAAAAGAACAAGAAGAAGCUCUAGAUGUGAUUAUCGAAAGGAUAGGAUCUAUACUUUUUUUAGAUAUAGAUAUACAUAUUAGAAUUAAGUCAAUAUCGAUUGUAAUACAUAUUUAUCGACAAGCUCGUAAAAGCGACGGGCCUGUCGCUGCCACGUUAGCUAUUCGUUCGAAAGGAAAAAAAAAAAAAAACUACUCAUCAACCAUUUUGCGUCUGUCGGAUCGUUUCUCGUGACUGCUCGUUGCUAGAAUCAAAAGCGUCGGUUGACCAGAGUUUGGGGGUUGGUGUGUAGCAAAUAAUAGGGGAUGGAAAAAAAAGUACAGCAGGAAAAACUGGCUGGACAAGCAUUUUCUGGAGUCCUCAGCCGUAACGAGAAUCGAUCCGUUUGUUUUUGUGUGCACGGAAAAUCGAGGGAGAAAAAGAGGUUAGAAUACAUUUUCGGGGGUUGGUGAAACAAAUGAAAAAGAAAAAAAUAAACCAAAUGACACACGUUACAGUAGGACGAUAGUAUUUUAAAACCUAGAGCAAUUCUAGAGUGUGGCAAGUGGAAUUGGUUGACGGUUCAUCUUUCUUUUUUUUUUUUCUCUAAAUGUCCACGAUUUUUUCUUAAACCUUAACCACUCACUAGUGCCACUAAUAAGAUACUUCCCAAAUCCUGUGUGUAUGUUGGAUACAUUUGUAUAGUUGUCAUUGUCGAGGAUAAAGUGUGUUUUAAAUUUUUCGUAACGCUCCGGAGAAAUAAAGUGGAGCCACGAGUAUUCGAUUUUUUCGCGGGAAGUUUGAAUGUACCUGUACGAAACGAUCCGUAUAAUAUUCUCCGAGUGUUUUUUAUUGAAUUUUCGCAAUACCCUUGUGGUACUUGUACGGGCGGGAUCUUUGAAAAAAAAAGUACUUUUGUAAGAAAGUCACAUUGACAGCAGGUGCUACGGAUCAGGGUACACCGUAACGAGUGAAAUUCAAUAUUGAAAAGGGAGCAAAGCGGAAGAGCGGGAAAACACGUGGAAUUUGAAUUUUGACACGAUACAAAUUGUCGUCGAAAGAAUUGACGACACGUUAUUGGAUUUCGGUGAUGCUCACAAACAGAUAGGAAUUCCACAAUGGUGGAAAAUCCUGGUAAAACUAAAUGAACAAAUAACAACACUUCUAGUGGAUGUAAGAUAUAUAUUAUAUAAUUAAAUAUAUACAUAAAAUUGCGUAUAUGUAUACACGAGGAGGAGGAAGGAACUAUCUCUCUCUUUCUCUCUCUAAAUAUAAUAUAUUAUACAUAAUACAUACAGGUAUGAUAUACAUAUAAAUAUAUAUGUAUAAAUAUAUGAACGGUGCCUGCAUUCUGAAUGCACGGUUUUAUUUUUGUUUUACCUCGUCGUACAUUAGGAUGAAGAAAGUGUAUCAGGAUUUUCUUUAUUGGGGGGAGAUAUUAACGAUAUAUGGACUAUAUAAAAUUAUAAUUUUCUAUGUAUAUUUAAAUGUUACUACCGGCUAAAAGAAGCACAGAAAUAAAUCGGUGACUAUAUACCCUUC